AUGGGGACCCCCUGGCUGCUCCCCGCGCUGCUCCUGCCAGGCUGCUGGGCACUGACGGGGCCCACCUCCGUGCACGGAUUCGUCGGGGGGACCCUCUCGGUGUCCUGCAAGUACGAGGAUGGUUUGGAGACAAAUGAGAAGUUCUGGUGCAAACCAGGAAACAUUUAUGCUUGUGCUGGUCCUUACAUCAUCGCGACAUCGGAGCGCAACUCCUUCGUACGUAAGGACAGAAUCUCCAUCUGGGAUGACCGAAGGCAGCGGGAGUUCACGGUGACCAUGAGCAACCUGACCGAGGUGGACACGGGCACCUACCUGUGCGGGGUGUGGAGGCCAAUUCGUAAUGACAGACACAUAGUGAAGGUGAAUGUGCUCCCAGAAACAGAAUCUUCCUCGAGUGCAGACCCCCCUGCUCUCACUGCCUCCACGUCAGUGCUCACUGGGGCAUCUCCCCAAGAGAAAACUGCUAAGAAAGAGAGACCCAUCCAGCCUCCCACCGGAGAUCCCAGGGCUGCACACUUGGACCUGGUCAUGGACGUCCUGACUCCGUGCAUCGUGGUGGUUCUUCUUUUGCUUGUGCUUGCUGCUGGCGUCUUGGUUAAGCUGUCCAGGAAGAGGAAGAAAGCCCUGGCCGCAGCACCCAUAGAGAUGCACAUGGAGCGCAGCGCCUCGCACACGGGCACCGAGGGCAGCCUGCAAUACGCUGAGCUCGCUCACCCGGCUGCGGCGGAGGACGGCCGCGUGUACGGCAACGUGAGGGCUGCCCAGAGCCCGGCGGGCACCGAGACCGGCUACACGGAGAUCCGCCCGCGGCAGCAGAGCUCCCAAGAGGAGGAAGGGGCGGCUUGCGGCACGGCGAGCGCCCUGUCCCCGGAGCAGCAGGACCUCUACUGCAACGUGCAGCGGGCCCCGCGCCCCGCGGAGCCGCUCUACAGCACCGUGCUGAAGCCGCGGUGA